AUGGCUGAAGAAAAUGAGACAGGGGUGCCAGAUCUGCCGGUAAAAACUGGUACUACAUCAUCGACACAUGAAAAUGAGUUUUAUAGAAUAUCAAAGAAGUUAAGAAUACAAAUUAAUCAUUUGCAAGGACAAAUAAUAAAGGAAACAAACAUCUCCAUAUUAGAAAAGGAAGCAAAUAUUGUAGAACAAUGCAUGAAGGAACUAACUGCUGCCCAAGAAGAAUUAGAGCGCAUCCAAGGUUCAGCCAUCGAAAAGAUGACAUUUUAUAGUAAGUUUGAGGAUAUGAGUCGAGAAACAAAUCAAAUACUUGCCCAAGCGGUGCAAGCAAUUCAACAGCUAAAAUUGAAUGAAAACGAAGAAGGACAUUCAGUAAUCACAUCCACUCAUCGAAGUAGAUCAAGUCAUCGAAGUAGACUAUCUCGUUCAUCACUAGCUAGUACUAGCUCAUCCGCACGACUUCGUAGACUCGACCUCGAAGAGGAAAUUGCAACAUUGAGAGCCAAAAUAAAUCUUGUAGAGGAAAGGGAACAACUAGACAAGGCUAACCGAGUCGCACUCGAAGAAAUCGAAAGGCGAAAGCUGGAAAUCCAGAGCGAAGAGCAGCGUUUGAUUGAGCAAAUCGAAACCACGAAGGAAACAUUCAAACUUAAGGAACAGUUAGCAGAAAGGGAAGCAAGA